AUGUACCUCGUGGAGGUGGAGGUGGAGGUGGAGGCGGUGGGGGCGGCGGGGGGGGUGGCGGUGGUGGGGGUGGUGGCGGGGCUGGGGUGGUCAGUGGCAGCUGCGGGGGUGGUGGCGGCAGUGGUGCUGGAGGAGGCCGGGAUGGAGGUGGUGGUGGUGGCGGCAGUGGGCGUGGUGGCGGCGGCUCGGGUGGUGGUCGGGGUGGACCAGCGUAGCGUGGAGGCUCGGGUGGUCCCCAGCAUCGGCAGCAGCGUCUUGGAGAGACCCCGUCAUCCCAGCAGCUUUGUGGGUGGUACUCUCAGCAUGGGGGGUCUGGGGGUGGAGGUACCUGCACGUAUGUCAUCCGCACAGGUGGCCGCGCUGGUGGAGGUACCUGCACGUAUGUCAUUCGCACAGGUGACCGCGCUGGUCAGACAUGUGGGAGGUUCCACACGCCGCCCGCUGCUUCUCCCGCCUCAACGCGCCUGGCGUGCACAGUUCCCGGAGGCCUCUGAGCUGCCCCGCUGGGCUGAUCUGCUUAAAAAGAACAUUGAUGUCUUUGCACUUGACUUUGAUGUUAUCCUUGGAGCCAUGUAUGCAUUGACAAUUGGUGUUGAGGGUGACUGUUACUUGUGUGUGCCACCAGACCCAGGCAUUGCGACCAGUGAGGCUGCUGCUCUAGGUGCUAGUGCGUCUGCUGCCCCAGGUCCUCGUGAGGCUGCUGCUCUAGGUGCAGGUGUGUCUGCUGCCCCAGGUGCUUGUGAGACUGCGCCUUCAGGUACAGCGUCUACUGCGGCACUGCACACCUUCACACUGGACUCAGGUGCUUCCCGCUGUUUCUUUCGCGACCGCACUGCCCUAGAGCAGCUCCCUAGACCGGUUGCUGUCUCCUUGGCUGACCCCUCUGGGGGCCCGGUCCUUGCGACCUCCUCCACUGUCCUCCCUUGUCCUGCGGACGGGGGUGUUCACCAGUUCACCCCUGCCUAUGAGCGUGUGACCCACUGUACGUGUGCUCGGACGGGUCGCCACCUAGCUACCUUCACUCGGCAGCCGGGGUCGGACUUGUACACACUGACCACUGAGUCCCCUCAGGUAGCUGCGUCUGCGUCUGCGUCAGGUCAGCUGUCGGCCCCCUGCUCGUGUCGCUCCCUGUCACACCAGACUGUCCUCUGGCACCACCGCCUUGGUCACCCGUCAGUGCAGCGCCUUCGCGGCAUGCACCGUCGCCUCCUUGUCUCUGGUCUUCCCAGGGUUCUCCCUCCCCUCCCACCCUCGCCUGCUCCUCCCUGUCUUCCCUGUGUUGAGGGGCGGCAGCGCGCCACUCCUCACUCCUCCGAGUUUCCCCCGACAAAGGCUCCUCCGCAGACACUCCACAUGCACGUGUGGGGCCCCGCCCACGUCCAUGGACAGGGCGGGGAGCGCUACUUUCUGCUGGUAGUUGACGACUACACGCGUUACACCACGGUCUUCCCCUUGCGCACCAAGGGUGAGGUCCCUGAUGUCUUGAUCCCUUGGAUCCGCGCUACCCGUCUCCAGCUGGAGAGGCGCUUUCGCUCGGACCUUCCAGUCCUGCGACUGCACUCUGAUAGAGGUGGUGAGUUUUCCUCCGACCUCUUGAGGGCCUUCUGUCAGAGGGAGGGCAUUAAGCAGAAGUUCACGCUUCCGGCCUCUCCGCAGCAGAAUGGGGUUGCUGAGCGCCGCAUUGGCCUGGUCAUGGAGAUCGCUCGUACCUCCUUGGUCCAUGCGGCUGCCCCCCAUUUUCUGUGGCCGUUUGCGGUUCGGUACGCCGCGCAUCAGCUCAACCUCUGGCCCCGUGUCUCCGCUCCGGAGACCUCGCCGACACUGCGUUGGACGGGAGAGGUUGGCGAUGCGUCGGUGUUCCGAGUCUGGGGAUCUCGUGCCUUUGUCCGCGAUGCGUCCGCGGACAAGCUCUCCUCCCGUACCCUCCCCUGUGUCUUCCUUGGCUUUGUCUCUGACGCGCCUGGCUGGCAGUUUUACCACCCCACCUCGCGCCGUGUCUUCCCUUCUCAGGACGUCACGUUUGACGAGUCGGUCCCCUUUUACCGUCUCUUCCCCUACCGCACUGCCCCGCUCCCCCCUCCGCCGCUCUUCCUCACGCCAGAUGUUGCUUCGGUAGACCCCCUGCCUCCCCAGGGUCCUGCUCCCUCAGGUGUUUCCCAGGUAGACCCGGUUGAGCCUGUCGAGGUAGCUGUCGACUCUGGUCCUGCGCGAGGUACUGAGCCUGAGCGUGCCGAGCCUGGUGGUGCUGGGUCUGGUGGUACCGAGACUGGGGGUGCUGAGCCUGGGGGUGCGGAGACUGGGGGUGCUGAGCCUGGGGGUGCAGAGCCUGGGGUGUUGGCGCUGCUGGAGCUGGUGGUGCUGCAGGAGUUGGAGCUGCCGCUGGGGGUGCUGGUGCUGUUGGUGCUGGUGGCACUGCGCAACCUCGACUUUCUUACCCUCCCGUUGUCUACUGGUCUUCCGUUACAGCCUGGCUCACCGCUGCCUGCUCCUUCUCCUUACACUGAGCAGACAGGAGGUCUUACUGAGCGUCGUGAGCCUGCGUCUCGUCCUGCGUCGCCCGUUCGCACUGCUCGCACUAGUCGUCGUGUUCCGCGUCCGCGUCCUCCUCCUGUCCCUGGCACGCACCAGAUGGCACUUCGUCCGUCCACUGCUCCACAGCGUGUCCCUCCCCCGUUUCCUCCUCCGUCCUCCCUUGCUGACGGUCCGGACCCUGAGUCCGACUCUCUUCGUGCUGCUAGUCCUACUGUCACGCGUCUCCUGGCCACUGUUGUCACUGACCCUUCCUUUGAGUCCGCUGCUGCGUCUGCCUUAGUUGCUGAGCUUGUCGACUUUGCUGCUCACUGUCGUCUAGACUACGCCGCGAGUCUUGUUGCUGAGUCUGAGUCUGUCUGUCCUCCGUCCGUCGGGGGUGAGUGUGCUCUUGGCACGGACGUCCUUGAGGACAGGCAGGAGGAGUUUGAGUGCUUUGCCGCUGCUGUACCUCAUCUCGUGUCCAUGCUGAUUGCACCUGAGGGAGACCCGGAUGCACCAGACAUCCCUACCCCGCGCUCUUACGCUGAGGCGAUCGCGGGUUCUCCACCUGUCUUCAAGGCUCGUUACGUUGCUCGAGGCUUCAGUCAGCGAGAGGGAGUAGACUUCUUCCAGGCCUUCUCCCCCACCCCGAAGAUGACCACUCUUUGGGUGCUGCUGCACGUUGCCGCUCAGCGUGACUACGAGCUUCACUCUCUUGACUUCAGCACAGCUUUCUUGCAGGGCAGCCUGCACGAGGAGAUUUGGCUACGCCGCCCCUCGGACUUCACUGGGUCAUUCCCUCCUGGUACCCAGUGGAGCCUCCGGCGGCCGGUCUACGGUCUCCGCCAGGCGCCACGUGAGUGGCACGACACACUGAGGACUACGCUUGCAGCUCUUGGGUUUGCGCCUUCUACUGCUGACCCGUCGCUGUUUCUGCGCACCGACACUUCACUGCCGCCGUUCUACAUCCUCGUGUACGUCGAUGACUUGGUCUUUGCCACUGCUGACACUGAGGCUCUCGCCCACGUGAAGUCGGAGCUGCAGAAGAGACACACGUGCACAGACCUGGGUGAACUGCGCAGCUACCUUGGCUUGCAGAUCACCCGGGACAGAGCACGCCGCACCAUCACCCUGACUCAGUCGCACAUGGUGCAGCAGGUCCUUCAGCGCUUCAGCUUCACCUGGUCCUCGGCACAGGCCACUCCUCUGGCUACAGGUCACUCGCUCUCAGCUCCACCUUCGGACGAGUCCGUAGAGCCGAGUGGUCCUUACCCAGAGCUAGUUGGCUGCCUCAUGUACCUGAUGACUUGCACUCGUCCUGACCUCGCGUACCCUCUUGGUCUUCUGGCUCGCUACGUGGCUCCUGGUCGGCACCGACCUGAGCACAUGGCUGCUGCUAAGAGGGUACUGCGCUACUUGUGCAGCACAUCAGGCAUGGGCCUAGUGCUUGGAGGGAACAGCCCAAUUGUCCUCACUGGGCACUCAGACGCUUCUUGGGUGGACGACCAGGCUACUCAGCGGUCGUCACAGGGUUACACCUUCAGCCUUGGCUCUGGUUCAGUUUCGUGGCGUUCUACAUGCUCGUCUUCAGUUCUCAGCUCCAGUUGUGAGGCUGAGAUCUACGCCACAGCCAUGGCUGCACAGGAGUUACACUGGCUCACCUACCUGCUGACUGACUUGGGAGAGCAGCCUCGUUCUCCUCCAGUGCUGUACGUCGACAACAAGGCCGCUAUUGCCUUGUGUGAGGAGCAUAGACUGGAGCACAGAACGAAGCACAUCGCUCUGCGUUACUUCCUGGCUCGAGAGUUGCAGCAGCGUGGUCAGCUUCGUCUGCGGCACGUGGCCACUCGGGUCAACACUGCUGAUAUAUUCACCAAGGCUCUUCAGCCUGGUGAUCAUCAGCGUUUCUGCACUAUGCUAGGGCUUGUGCCCACUUUUCCUCACUUGCUGUAG